CUGCCCGCCGGCGGGCACACUAAACCAAACGAAAAUAAUUUUGUUACAAAAAAAAAAUCAACAAAUUGUAUUGUUAAAUGGCCGUGCGAACACGACAACACAAAAAUCCGCCGCAGCGCUCGAUUCCAAGCCAAAUCCUCGUGGCAGUCGGUAGUUAAUAAUACCGCAAAUCGGCCAGAUCGAAGGAUAUAUACCAUCCAUAUCCAAGUAGAAUACCAUCAUCCAACGAAAGAUCGGAGGAGUAUACAUAGAGGAGGAGAUUCCGGGUAGAUCCAACGUUACGUGAUUCCGGGUGAUACGGAUUCGAAUCUGGCUGGGAUUGAGUUUGGCAUUGGAAUUAGUGGAUUGUUAUCUGUAGAUUACCAUCGAUGCCCCACGAUGAAUGUGAGAAAGCGGCCACGUCUGGAAAUGGAACUUGGUUCCGCCACUACCACCACCACCACCUCCUCUUCUUCCUCUGUAACCAGCAGUAAUCCCAAUCCUUCUGCUUCAUCUAAUAACCUCAUGACCAAUAUCAUUGGCAAUCAUCACACGGCCGAUUUAUCAGAAGCCCUGGUCAGCAGUUCCUUUGCCAAUGGCCAUCAGAGUUUAAUAUUAACCAGCGCCACGAGUAAUGCCCUAAUGAAUAGCCAGGGUGCCCAAAUAUUCCUCACCAUAUGCGGUGAUGAGAACUCGGAUGAUUCUCAGGAGUACUAUGCCAUUAAACAGGAACCCGGCUCCGAUUUAGAUGUCCAUUCGCUGCUGCCCACAAAUUUGCAGUUGCCAACAGGCUGUGAAAUUUAUCUGGUUAAGGAUACAGCCAGUUUGAUUGGUGAGCCACCGACCAAGGCAGCCAUUAAAUUGGAACUGGAUACGUUGAGUGAAAAGCCGUGUCGUCCCACAAUAACAACAUCCUGCACGAAACCCUUGUUAGUAACAAGUCAACCUGUGAAUCCUGCUGCUCCUCCUUUAAGUAAUAAAAUCACAACAACUAGCACCACAACCAGUGUCCUCUAUGGCUCCCAUGGCCACGCCCAGGCCAGAUCCCAGCCAGAAACAGCAGGCCAAACGGCAAACAGUAAACUGGAGGCGUACAAGAAACGCGAUGAUAAACGUCGUGCCACGCACAACGAAGUGGAACGCCGGCGACGUGACAAGAUCAAUAGCUGGAUCUUUAAGCUCAAGGAAAUGCUGCCCAGUCUGAGCUCCAGUUCUAGUUUCAGUGAGGCCAGCACGAGUCCCAGUACUAGUGGAAGUACGAGUACCAGUGGAAGUACUACUAGUAGCAGCAACAACCCCAAAGGGAAUCCCAGCAGUUCCAGUGGACGGACGCCGCCCAACGAUUCCAAGUCGCAGAUUCUGAUCAAGGCGUGCGAGUACAUCAAAAGCAUGCAGGGCGAGAUUGACACGCUACGCGACUGUCUGAGGGAAGCGGAUGGCCUGAGGGCUAGCAACCAGGCUUUGCGAGAGGAAUUGGAUCGCCUGAAGCGUCAACAACAGCUUCAAGAACGUUUUCACACAGCCAGCGGCAGAUCGACCUUCAAUGUGACUCUUAAUUCGCUGAAUAGCUCGGCGACCAGUGAUCUUUUCGAGGGUAUCGAUACGACGCCCAACCUGGCCGCCGUCUCAUCGCUGGGUUUCGGCAAGCGUGGCCUGCUCAUCAGUGAUUACGAUGAGUAAAGAUGGGUGGUGGAUGAUGAUGAUGAUGAUGAUAAUGUGGUUACGGGUUACGGAAAAAACAACAACAAAAAAGAAUAAAAAAGGGAGGAAAAAAAACGGAGGCGGAUGGACAAGCGCUGGCGCCUCCAUAGAUAUAUACGCCCAUCCACCAAAGAAUGACGUGCAACGUACACGCAACGCAACACACGCAGUACAAUAAACGGACAUGACGAGUGAUUUCUUGUUAUCGCCGCUCUGUUAUAUGUUAUAUAAGAGAAGCAUAUUACAUAUAUGUAUAUAUCUAUCUAUAUACAUAUGAAUAUGCAGUCGAACUUGGGUGACUCAAGCCAACUUGUUGGCCUAACAGCUUCUGAAAAUGGAAACUGAACUUUUUCUGUUCUCAAUUGAGUUUAAUUAACAGCUGCUUUUGUAUGCUAUAUAUAUUUGGUAUUGGUAUUAUUUCUGCCCUCCCUCCAUCCUACCCAAUAAUGAACUCCCCCCUCCAAAAAACUCUCAAACGAAUUUGUAAAUGGGAAUAUGAUUAAGAUUUUUCCCAUAACUGCGCUGGUUCAUUUUUAUGUUUUCAUAUUUAUGGUUCUGGGAUAGAAGAUCACAAAAUAAUAUUGUUGAUAUAAGAAGCUUUAAGGCAUUUUCCGGUUUUUCUAUGUAUUCUUUAUUUUUUAUAUACCUAUUAUUAUGUUAAUUAUAUUUUAAAUAUAUAUUAUUGUUUUUGAUUUGCACAGCAAAUCUAUAGUUAAGCCAUGUUCUAAACUAGUAGUUCUCUGUGUUCAUUUAAGGUAAGCUUUUUCGGUUACUAUUUUCACUUUCAAUCGGAGAUUUAAAUGUCUAAAAAUAUAAAAAUAUAAUAUAUAUAUAUUUUUUUCAAAAAGUCAAGUAGUUAAAAAUUAAAUAACAAAAAUAAUAAUAUCAAAUUUCCAACUGAAAGUGAAAGUAAGUACUGAAAUAGCAAGAAUUUAGUUUUAAGUCUGCUGCGGUGAGCUUGAGUAACAAAAGUUCGAUUGUAUAGUUUGUCAGGUGUUUUUUUUUUUUUUUUUUUAAUGAAGAGCACUUAGAUCCUCAUGAAGUUUGCCAUCAUUAUAUACCUAUAUAUAUAUAUAUUAUAUAUUACCUAGAAGUAAACAAAAACUAAACCUAAAAAAACGUUAACGAUACCUACCUACUUGCAUAUAUACCUUGAACUAAAUCAUAUUUGGAGCAUGAAUGUGCUUGAUUUUUCGAUUUUAUUGUACUGUUUCUCGCACUAAUUACCUAAAAUAACGUAAAGAAAUUAUAUAUUAUAUCUAGUUAUAUCGUAUAUAUAUUAUAUAUAUAUAUAUAUCUAUAGAAAAUUGUACAUACGUAGUGCAAUCGAUAAGACAAAAGUGGGAAAUCGAGAGAGAUGCGGCUAUAUAAUGCCGCACUCUUCAUCGGGGGCGUGUGCACCGUUACAGUUAAAGAAAAAAACAAAAACAGAAGAAGAAGGCUAUUGUUGAUAAAGAAUAAUAUUAUUAUAUUUGAGCAUAAACUUGUUGUGAAUGUUAUAUCACUGUUUUCGAUAUACGAUGAUGCUGUUUCAGAAGUAUACAGAACAAAAUGUUUUAAAUACGAAUAAUUUGUAAUAUUUAACGAUAAUGCCAAAACAAAAACAAAAACCAAAAAAAACACACACACAAAAACACUAAGAUUUUGGGAUUGUAAGAGAGGGUACGAAUAGGGAAUCGCAUUGUUUGACCUGACCCAUAGACGAAAACAACAAAAACAUAAACAAAAUACAAAUGGGAUCUUGUGUUACUUGUUGCUAUCUAUAUACAGUACAUUACAAUAAUAUCACAUUUCUGUCAUUUGACAGCAGCUAAUAAUUCUAUUCAAUUUCAAUAAACGAACUCAGUAAUGGUUAACACA